AUGCAGCUCCUCCCUGACCAGCCCCCUGCCCAACUGCGGGUCAGUGGGGAGGGUCCCCGUCCCCGGCGCCUCUGGGGCGGCCUGGGGGCGGCAGUGGCGGCUGACAGAUCAUCAGCGCGUGAGCCCUCCCCCUUGGAGCCAACAAGGAGCCUUCUGAGCCAUGCCGUCUCUGAGCAGACAUGCAAGGGCACCCUGGGGCCUCGCCUGAACGCGGGGUCUCCAGGCACCCAGCGCUUCAACUGCCACGCCCCUGAGCAGACCGGGUUUCAGGACAUGGAGGGCUGGGUGCUGGCUGCAGCCAUGGCCCUCCUCUGGCUGCAGCUUGCACCCCUUGGGGGUGUUGGAGCCCGGCAGGAGCCCAAGCGGCCAAGGCAGCCCAGCCAGCGCACCGUGCCCCUCAAUGCCACCGUCCCCAACGGCCAGGAGCCCCUCAGCUUCCCCAAGCAACAGGCCCAGUAUGCCUGGAGCAACCUGCUGCAGAAGGUGGUGGCCAUAGGUGUGAUUGUGAAUGUGCUGGAGGGCGUCUCCGUGGCGGCCUGCCCUGCCUCUCAGCCCACGCAGCCCAUCAGGCCUGAGGCCAUGUUUUCCAGACGGGCACUUCCCUUGGCUGGGGCAGCAUACUAGUCCCUCUCCCCUGCCCCACCCCCCACAUAGCUACCAGAGGCCUCGGGGCCUGAGUUCUCAGAUGCCCGUAAGACAUGGCUGGACUUUGUGGGGCGGUCAGACGACACGGUGAAGAAACGAUGCCGUGCCAGGGACAAGAAGUCGAGAGUACUCCCAGGCCCCCCAGGGCCUCCUGGGCCCCCUGGCCCCCCAGGGUCCCCUGGUGCCGAAAUCAACAAGGAGGCCCUUUUUCAGGAGUUCCAGGAGAUGCUGAAAGAGGCCACUGAGCGUCGGUUCUUGGAGCUGCUGGGUCCGCUGUUGCCUGAGGGGCCAGGUGGGCGGCUGGUGGCCGAGGCCUUCCAUUGCCAGCUGAAGGGCCCUGUGCUGGUAGACAAGAAGAUGCUGGUGGAGCUGCAGGGUUUCCAGGCUCCUGCAGCCCAGGGUGCCUUCCUGCGGGGCUCGGGCCUGAGCCUGGCUUCGGGGCGCUUCACAGCCCCGGUGUCUGCCAUCUUCCAGUUUUCUGCCAGCCUGCACGUGGACCUUGGAGAGCUAAGGGGUAAGCUCCAGCUGCGGGCGCGAGACAUGGUCCGUGUGCUCAUCUGCAUCGAGUCCCUCUGCCACCACCACAUGUCCCUAGAGACAAUAACGGGCCUGGAGAGCAACAGCAGGGUUCUCACUGUGCACGUGCAGGGGCUGCUGCAGCUGCAGGCUGGGCAGUCGGCCUCCGUCUUCGUGGACAAUGGCUCUGGGGCCACCCUCACCAUCCAGAGCAGCUCCAGUUUCUCAGGCCUGCUCCUGGGCAUGUGAGACCAGAGGAAGAGAUGCCACCACGCUGCUGUCCUCUGUCCACGCCCAUGGUUCUGACAAUAAAGAGUGAGGGGCUCGAGCCCGCAUCACCCUCCGUGUUGCCUGGUCAU